CAAAGAGAAAAGUAAGAAAAGGGAAAAGAGAGAAAGAGAAAGAAAAAGAAAGAGAGAUGAGUAUACUUAAUCUAUAGCAUAUUUAAUUUAUUAGAUAUUAGCUAGAGAGUUUAUAUAUAGCUAUAGAUAUAUAUAUAAUGAAUAUGAUGAUGAGGCAAGUGAGUUUAUCUUCAAGAUGUCAAGACUGUGGAAACCAAGCCAAGAAAGAGUGUGUUUAUAUGAGGUGUAGGACUUGUUGUAAGAGCAAAGGUUUCCAAUGCCAAACUCACAUUAAGAGCACUUGGGUUCCCUUGUACCGAAGGCGCCAUAGACAUCACCACAGUAAUCUUCUCAAUACAAAUACUUCUACUACUAUUCUUCAUCAUCAUCAUCAUCAUAGUAAUCAAGAUCAAGAUCUUGAUCAUCAUGAUCAAGAUCAUCACCAGGGAUUGCAGUACUAUUUCAACACCAAAAGGCUCAGAUCACAGCUCAUCACUAUUAAUAAUCCAAACCCUCCUCCACCAAUACCAGCAUCUUCCUCUACACCAGGGUUAGAAGAAGAAGCACAAAAUUUCCCUCCUGAAGUGAAAGCCACGGCCACAUUUCACGUUGUACGGGUAAGCUCAACGGUCAACGUUAAUGGGGUUGACCAGAAUCAUGAUCAGUAUGCAUAUCAGACGGCUGUGAGCAUAGGAGGCCAUUUAUUCAAGGGUAUUCUCUAUGAUCAAGGUCUCCAACCUAAUACUAAUACUACUUCUUCUUCUAAUUACACUGUCACCGGCGCCGGAGACCGGACCACCACUUCUGCCGGCGCCGGAGGCUUUAAUCAUCGCAAUCAUGAUCAUCAUGGUCAGCAGCAGCAAUUGCCUAUAGAUUAUUUUGUUAGUGUUAAAUCUCAUCAUCAUGAUCAUCAAACUGGUGGAGUAAUUGGCACCGUUGGAUCAAGUGCAAGUGCAACUUAUUUAACGGCUAAUAUUUCAUCAUCAUCACUUGUUGCUAAUGCUGAGGAUCAUCAUCAUCAUCAUCAUCACCAAAAUCAUCAUCAUCAACCGUUGAAUAUGUUUGGUUCUUCUUCAACAACAACUACAACAACAUCAACAUGUCCAAUUUUGUUUCCUUCUAGUAAUGCUUUCAUUAAUAAUCCCGGUAUGCAAUUUUUCCCAAGCAGAAAAUCUUAAUCAUCAUCAAUUAUUAUUAUUAUUACUACUUAUUUAUAUAAUUAAUUUGAUAUAUGUACA